AUGGCGAAGGAAACCGAGAAGACAGGCCUCUCGCGGGGCAUCAACAAGGGUCACAAAACCACCCCCCGCGUUUCGAAGCCCCGGCCGUCUCAGCGGAAGGGCAAGUCGAGCAAGCGGACCGAGUUUGUGCGAUCGAUUGUCAAGGAGGUCGCCGGUCUCGCGCCCUACGAGCGUCGGGUUGUCGAACUCCUCCGCAACAGCAAGGACAAGCGUGCCCGCAAAUUCUGCAAGAGAAAGCUCGGCACCUUCGGUCGGGCCAAGUCCAAGGUCGAGGAGCUCCAGCGAUACAUUGCCGAGUCUCGCCGGGCCGGCCACUAA